AUAUAUUGGUCUUCACUCACAGUGCGGCACAGCAAAUUACGCAUGCGCACAGCGAGCUCCACGUCUAACCGGCGCAUGCGCUCUUUCAAACCCUCAGAACCAGCAAACAACGGCAGUAGCUCAGGUCAGUCGGUCCAGUCAGUAGGCAUCCACGCGUCUAUCUAUAUUCCCUUUUCUUAAAUUAGUCACUUUAAGCUUCGCGAUACCGCCCCCAAUUUCAGUGUCGGUACGGAGCCGCCAGGCCGGGACAGAGACGGAGAGAGAGGCCUCGGCCAUGGAAGCGCUCGGACCCGGCCCGCCUGCCCCUACCUCUCUGUUUCAGCCUCCGCGGCGUCCUGGCCUCGGCACAGUGGGGAAACCCAUCCGGCUCCUUGCCAACCACUUCCAGGUGCAGAUUCCCAAGAUUGAUGUCUAUCACUAUGAUAUCGACAUCAAGCCUGAGAAACGGCCUCGGAGGGUCAACAGGGAGGUGGUGGACACCAUGGUGCGGCACUUCAAGAUGCAGAUCUUUGGAGACCGACAGCCUGGCUACGAUGGGAAGAGGAACAUGUACACAGCACAUCCACUGCCAAUAGGGAGAGACAGGGUGGAUUUGGAGGUGACCCUGCCUGGCGAGGGGAAGGAUCAGACGUUCAAAGUGUCUUUGCAGUGGGUGUCUGUGGUCAGUCUUCAGAUGCUGCUGGAAGCCCUGUCAGGUCACCUCAACGAGGUACCAGAGGACUCCGUGCAGGCUCUAGAUGUCAUCACACGGCAUCUGCCUUCCAUGAGGUACACUCCAGUGGGGCGUUCAUUUUUCUCCCCCCCAGAGGGCUAUUACCAUCCUCUUGGUGGAGGCAGAGAGGUGUGGUUUGGUUUCCAUCAGUCUGUGCGUCCUGCCAUGUGGAACAUGAUGCUCAACAUUGAUGUGUCAGCCACUGCUUUCUACCGUGCUCAGCCUGUGAUAGAGUUCAUGUGUGAGGUGCUUGAUAUACAGAACAUCAACGAACAGACCAAACCACUGACUGACUCUCAGCGCGUCAAAUUCACCAAGGAAAUAAGAGGCUUGAAAGUUGAGGUGACACACUGUGGACAGAUGAAGAGGAAGUAUCGUGUGUGCAAUGUCACGCGUCGACCUGCCAGCCACCAAACGUUCCCCUUACAGCUUGAGAAUGGCCAAGCCAUGGAGUGCACAGUAGCUCAGUAUUUCAAGCAAAAGUACAACCUGCAGCUCAAGUAUCCACAUUUACCCUGUUUACAAGUAGGGCAGGAGCAGAAGCACACCUACCUUCCCCUGGAGGUCUGUAACAUAGUGGCAGGCCAGCGCUGUAUCAAAAAACUGACUGACAACCAGACAUCCACCAUGAUUAAAGCUACAGCUCGCUCUGCCCCCGACAGACAGGAAGAGAUCAGCAGACUGGUGAGUGCNNNNAGCAUGGUUGGGGGCCCAGACCCUUACCUGAAGGAAUUUGGCAUUGUUGUGCACAAUGACAUGACAGAGGUGACGGGGCGUGUCCUCCCAGCGCCCAUGCUACAGUAUGGGGGCCGGAAUAAAACGGUGGCCACGCCCAACCAGGGCGUGUGGGACAUGAGAGGGAAGCAGUUCUACGCUGGCAUCGAGAUCAAGGUCUGGGCUGUGGCCUGCUUUGCCCCACAGAAACAGUGCCGGGAGGACCUGCUCAAGAGUUUCACUGACCAACUGCGAAAGAUCUCCAAGGAUGCUGGCAUGCCUAUUCAGGGCCAGCCAUGUUUCUGUAAAUACGCCCAAGGAGCUGACAGUGUGGAGCCUAUGUUCAAACACCUCAAAAUGUCUUAUGUAGGUCUGCAGCUGAUUGUCGUCAUCCUGCCUGGCAAAACACCGGUCUAUGCUGAAGUGAAGCGGGUAGGUGACACCCUCCUCGGCAUGGCCACUCAGUGUGUGCAGGUGAAGAACGUGGUGAAGACGUCCCCACAAACCCUCUCCAACCUCUGCCUCAAGAUCAACGCCAAGCUGGGAGGCAUCAACAACGUCCUGGUGCCUCAUCAACGGCCAUCUGUGUUCCAGCAGCCGGUCAUCUUCCUGGGCGCUGAUGUGACACACCCUCCAGCAGGUGAUGGGAAGAAGCCGUCCAUUGCGGCAGUGGUGGGCAGCAUGGAUGGCCACCCCAGCCGCUACUGUGCGACAGUACGAGUCCAGACAUCUCGACAAGACAUGUCCCAGGAGCAGCUGUUCAGCCAGGAGGUAAUCCAAGACUUGACGAACAUGGUGCGUGAGUUGCUCAUCCAGUUCUACAAGUCUACACGCUUCAAGCCCACACGCAUCAUCUACUAUCGUGGUGGUGUUUCUGAGGGACAAAUGAAACAGGUGGCAUGGCCGGAGCUGAUAGCCAUCCGGAAGGCAUGUAUCAGUCUGGAGGAGGAUUACAGGCCUGGUAUUACCUACAUUGUGGUCCAGAAACGUCACCACACUCGGCUGUUCUGCUCUGAUAAAGCUGAGAGGGUGGGGAAGAGUGGUAAUGUCCCAGCUGGCACCACAGUGGACAGCACCAUCACGCACCCGUCCGAGUUUGACUUCUAUCUGUGCAGCCAUGCUGGGAUUCAGGGAACCAGUCGUCCCUCCCACUACCACGUCCUGUGGGAUGACAACUGUUUCACAGCGGAUGAACUGCAGCUUCUCACCUACCAGCUGUGCCACACCUAUGUCCGCUGCACACGCUCUGUUUCCAUUCCAGCACCAGCCUAUUACGCCAGGCUAGUGGCUUUUCGAGCCCGCUACCACCUGGUGGACAAAGACCAUGACAGUGCUGAAGGCAGCCAUGUGUCGGGCCAGAGUAACGGCCGGGACCCACAAGCAUUGGCCAAGGCAGUUCAGAUCCACUAUGAUACCCAGCACACCAUGUACUUUGCCUGAGCUAGCAAGCACAUCAGCCAGUCAACCUAUGGAUUCCCUUUCUUUCUGUCUUUUUAUCUAUUUACCAGUUUCUCCUCUUCAGUGUCUCUCUGCCUCCUUGUAGUCUUUCUCCUCGUUCUCACUCUACAUUUCUGAAUCUGCACCAAAGGGGCUCUUGGACAGGAGAGUCUGCGGUAACUCGGAUGUCCAGCAGGUUCUUUUUUAUGGAACAAUCUCCAACCAGCGUUCCCAGUCGAGCCACCUUCCUAACCAGCGAUCCGCCACUGUGAACCCUGAUGGUUCUCAGUGCACAAAAGAAAAAAAAACUUGAAAAAACAAAAACAAACCACACACAUACAAGUUGAGCCAUUAUUUUGAGUUUGUUUUUGUUUUUUCUGUUUGAAUGUCUGCACUCUUGUGUUUAAGAUACACUGAGCGAGGGAGUGGAUUGGCACAGUCUGUGUCAGCGCAGCUCUUUAGCUCUCCCAGCUAAGCAGGACUCUUAUCUACUUUUACCUCAAAGCCCU